AUUAGUUCAACGACUGAAUUAAUAUUGCACUGUCAUGUUAGGCGAGUGCCGAGCACAAUUUAUUCGCUAGUCGAAUUUAAGUCAAAUCCACUGGAUGAAGGUUGUUCAAAUGUCGACAUUUUCCUGUAAAUAAUCAAAGAAUUAUUCGAUUUGGCAAAUGGAUAUUCCAAUGUGUGACACAGCAAUGCAGUAAGUUGAUCCUCAUUCUAUAGUCUUGACGAUCUCGUAUUCGACUAUAACUCCAUAUCGCAUUUCUUUUUCCUGAAACAGACCCGUGGAAUUAAAAUUGUUGGAACAGGACAAGCCAACAUACGGCAAUACGAGGGUUAAAAUGUGCCUACAACGACAUGUUAUGCUCCACUUGAGUUAAAUCAACGGCCUCUUACGAGCAAGCUCGAGCAAAUUUUCUGAUUGAUUGAUGAUAAAAACUAACGAAUCAGAUAUUCUCUUUCACUUAUCAUUCUUCUUGCAUAAAAAGUUAGUGGUUGUGCUUAAGAAAAUUUGAGUUUUCUCGAUAGCCAUUAACAUUAUGUUUUAGAACAGAAACAAACAAGAAAUUUAUUCCGCAUUGGUUUAUUCAAUAUAUGCAGCAGUAACCAAAGUCUCAGGUCAUUGUGGCCUAAUAUUUGCCACAGGAAUGUAAAUUAUCUUUUGAGAAUACACCAAAUAAUCUCUUUGAUUUUUCUGUUACCCUCAAGGAGUAAAGUCGCUGUCGUAUGGGACUCAACUCUCCGAAAUGUCUGGAAACAUUUUUUUCCCAUAAAUCAGUCGAGAAUUUCCACUUUCGUAAAUGCUUUGAUUCACUGAUGCAUGCUUUUACAACUUUACAACUGUCACGGUAAAACAAAAAAUUCACGGCAAGUCAAAGUUAUCUUACGGCUAACAAAAACAACUAAAGGCAAAACAAAAUUUACCCACGACGAAACAACUUUCCGAGUUUAAAAGGAGUUUAGUCAGCGGUUGUCAUCUGCAUUCAAAAUGAUACGUUGUGUAUUAAUUAGCAGUUUAUAGAGCCGUUGAUUUUAGGUACUUUGUGGUUUGUCUUAGACAACUUCGACCAUGUGUUAUGAUUAGUGUGACAGUGACUUUAGAUCCAAAAGAGAGGUAAAUGCUACUAUUUUAGAUAGGAAAACUCACUCACCACUUAUUAAAAGUGAAACCUAACCAACUUUAUUUUUACUAUUUUUAUUAAUAUUACUGUUAUUGUUGAUAUUGGGACAUUACUUUUAUUAUUUAAGUUUGCGCAUUAAUGAUUACUGGCUCUACUGAAGUUUGACAAGAGGAAAUGCGGUGUAUUCGGCCAUGAAUGAUAUUUCACCCGCUGUUCACUAAAAAUGCCAAUUCGUGUCGAAAUUGUAUUUCCCAUUGAUCAUAGUUAUAGACCAAAAGUCAGGGGCAUUCAUUUGUUGUUCCCCAUCGUUCAAACUUUUAAUGCUUUGGUUCAUUUUAAGGCCUUGAUAUCUUGUCUCGUGAUUUGGCUAAUUUAUUUGAAAGGACUCCUAGAGAGUUCUGUCGGUUUGGGAGAAACAAUAGCACAUAAAAACAAUAGACAUUUAAACCUCCCCUCAUGAACAACUUUCGUGUUUUAAGUACCAACGUACGUAUAUAUGGUUAUUUCCUUCACUUCCUUCACUAUUCUUAUAAAACAUGUGGUCUUCGAGUAUUGGUUCCAUCUCCAUGAAAAAAGUAAUAACGCAGAAUGAGAAACGCUUUCUACGGCUUCUGAGAGUUCACUUUCUGAAAGACUCGCGGAUUUUGCAAAUAUAUUUUUUUCUCUCUCAGAUAAUCAAUGAUGAAUGUCGAGAAUGCCACGAACCUCACAGAAGGACAAGGACACCUCCCAUCAAAAGGCUCACUGUCUAUUCAUCAGAAAGCACUUUACCUAUUUUGGUUAUCAGUUAUAUCGCUGGCAGUUUUUAGGAAGCUUCUGUUCUUUUUCAAAGUGCCAGCCAUUCAUACGUUUCGCCUGAUAGCUUCUGGUAAGUCUGUCUGUCUGUCUGCCUGCCUGCUUGCCUUGAGUUCUUUCCUCUGUGAGAUAAUUUAGCUUCUCUCGCCUUUUGUGACUUUAUAAUAAAAGUAAGGGAUUUUAAAAAUGGCCCGAAAUCAUUAAGUUGAGCUGAUAGGUCCCACACCACUGAUUUUUUGCUGAAUGUCUCCGUUCACACACAGUUUUGACUAACCAUAAUUAACUUCAUCUGCAUCUAAUUAAAUCUACAAAAGGAUAUCAAGUAUGAAGACCCUUCUGAGAAGCGUUUCCUAUAGUUUCUUUCUCAAAGAUCUCACUCUCUUUUUUCUUAUUUCCUCCAUAAGAUAAUGAAAACUGUCAGCUUGGAUGGGCAGAAAAUGGUGACGUACCGCAACAAGCUGUCCAGAGUAAGGAACAUCACGCUAUUGUGCAGGAGAAUGAUGUCGGAGCAAAGUCUGCAUCACAAGCACCUGGCAGUUCCAGACCGUCAGUGGAUCAUUUUCUCUUCACUGUGGCUGUAUUUGGGUUUAUUAUGUUCUUCUAUUAUUUGUGCGAUGAUGAACACUAUUUCCCCGUCACUGAACGCACGUAUUCACGAGACUUAUUUUGGUUUCUAGUCCUCCUACUUUUUGCAGUAAGCGUUGGAAUGACGAGGAAGGAGACUACAGACAAGAUUUUAAACCGAGAACAGACCGAGGAGUGGAAAGGCUGGAUGCAAGUCAUGUUUGUGUGGUAUCACUACUUCAAGGCUGCAGAGACUUACAAUGCCAUCAGGGUGUUUAUUGCUGCUUACGUUUGGAUGACUGGUUUUGGUAAGUUGGUGACUUUUUUCAGUCAGCUACAUUACGAAUCUUAAGUACAUACGUUCUUGAGACACAAAAGGCAGACAAAGAACCUAUUCAACCGAAAAAAGAGUUGAAUUACUCCUAGCGUGCUUUCUGUGAGAUCAAACGAUCAGCUGAAAUGAGAGCGAAGGAGAAGCAGGAGGAAAAAAUUAGGAAUUUCCGAUAGAAAGAACUCUCAACCACGGCUGGCGUUGAGUCUCAAAAACGUAGGAGUUUUUCAGUUCCCUAUUAGAACUUGAAGGGUUGAGGUAAGAUAAAAAAACCACUCAGCAAAGUGUAAGAGCACAGGCAGCCCAAGCUCACGUCUCGAGGAAAACUAAACGGUUAAUUCAUGAAAGCGUCACGCGUUGUGUGACUCGGUGUUAGGAGAGGAGCCGUUGAGAAUUUGAACGUUAUAAGGAAUAGUAUUAGGAACGAUAUAUGGUCGAUUUACGCAGAAGAAUAUUUCGAAAUAUGAACAUUUUACACGUAAAAUCAAUAAAACUUAUUCACAUCUUGUGUGUCCGCGGUGGUUUCUGGCGAUUUCUGCCGUUUAAGCUUGUUUUGCCAUCACUGUUCUUGUUAUAAGUCGUCUUAAAACAGGAAUAACAGUGAUGGCAAAACAAGCGGUAGAUAUCACCAGAAAGUGCAACAGAUACACAAGAUGUGAGUAAGUUCUAUUGAUUUUACUUGUAAAAUGUUCGUACUUUAAAAUAUUUAUCGUUGUAAAUCAUCCAUAUUUCGUUCCCCAUACUAUUCCAUACAAGGUGUUGAAAUUCUCAACGGUUGCUCUUGUAGCUUAACACCAUGUCACACAACGCGUGACGCUUUCAUGAAUUAAUCGUUUGCUUUCUCUCGAGACGUGAGCUUGCGCCGCCUGUGGUGAGAGUGAACUUUGUAGAAAUUGUAUGCUGGGAGGCGAGUAUUGGCAAACGAGACAAGAUUGCGAUCGGUCUGAAAGCAAACGUAAUGAAUGAAAACUUUAAGGAGUAAACUAACAAUUUGAGAAGAGCUCGAGUAUUGUGGGAGGUAACGAUCUCAUGGAGUGCUUCAGCACAAUAAAGGCAUAAUUCAGGGCUGAAUCAUACAGCGAUAUGUAAGGAACAUUGCGGCAUAUUAGACUGAUAUUGAAUAAAACUGAUGGCCUACAGCUUUCGUCUUUGUUUUGAUCACGAUGUCAGCCUCCUGACUUUCCAGUAAUUUUUACUGAAUGAUUUCGAUAUCCGUAGAUUUUCUUUUCUUUUUGGUAUGUUAGAUUUGGAAUAAAAUUUCUGAUUUGGAGACUGAUGUGGUAAAACGGAAAUUUAAAAUAAAACCGUCUGCUCGUAAGAUUCCAGAUUUAAAUUAACGCAAAAAAAUUGUCAAUACCUAUAGUUAAUAUUUCAUGGUUAAUCUCCUUUUCACUUUUCUUUUUGUAAAUACAUUAUGUAUCUCUUUCCCUUUAGGUAAUUUCUCGUUUUUCUGGGUUAGGAGAGACUUCAGCCUUUACCGAGUGCUCAAGAUGCUUUUUCGACUUAAUUUCUUGGUGGUAAUAACAUGUUUGGUGGUACGCAAUGAGUACAUGUUAUAUUACAUCUGUCCAAUGCACACGUUUUGGUUCCUAUCUGUCUACUGCUUCAUGAAACUUCUGAAUACUUGGAAUGAAGACCCAAAAAAGAUGACCGUAAAAUUUAUGAUAUAUUUCCUUCUUGUCUUUUUAAUGUUUGACGUACCAGGUGUCGGAAAUGUUGUUUUUAAACCUUUGAGCUUUAUUCUUAGCUAUGAGAAUUCUCUUCACGAGUGGAUGUUCAGGGCGGGGCUCGACCACUAUGCCACUCUCCUGGGCAUGCUCUGUGCUUACUUUCAUCCCAACUUUGAGCGACUUAUGAGAUAUUUGGACGAAAAGUCGUCUGUCAAACGAAUUGCCAUACGGUGCGGAAUUGCAUCCAUUUGCCUCACAGCCUUUGCUCUCUGGGUGCGGUACAUCUUUGCACUAGAAAAGUACGAGUAUAACAAACUCCACCCAUAUUUUUCCUUUGUCCCUCUGCUAUCAUACAUAUUCUUACGGAAUGUGUUGCCGGUUUUUCGAAAGUACUAUUUUUACAUGUUUACGUGGCUAGGGAAAGUUACACUAGAAACGUACAUCUCUCAACUGCAUAUUUAUCUCCAGGGUAACGCUAAGUUUCUGAUCUCAUUUUUCCCUGGAUACCCCCUCCUGAAUUUUGCUUUUGCGUCUGUUCUUUACCUUUUCUUGUCAUAUCAAUUGUUUCAUCUAACCGUUGAUAUCAGUUCGUUUCUUAUACCCAAGGAUUACAACUCUUUGAUGAAGACGCUUGCUAUUGGAAUUGUGUGGUUGACGAUGUGCUACUUUGCAGGGUUUAGUCUGACGGGAUUGUAUUUUUCCUAAAAUAAUUUGUUCCUUGUUAACUUUGAUGGAUACCACUCCAUAUACAAUCAUUCGCGCGACUCAAACAGAAUACACGCCAAUAUGACCACAACUAGUCUCUUUGAAAAGAGAAUUUAUGGCAUAAAAGUAAACUGAGUUAAGGGGGCAAAUCGUGAACCAAGUUUAAGUCAGUAGUUUAAAUUUUCCUUUAUUUCAUAGAUCUCUUAUCUAAUACAUAAAAUUUCAAAUUUUAUCAUAUAGUUCAUUCUUUACAAAAUAGUCAUUGACCCAAUUUUCAAAUUUCACUUAAUCAAAGGAAAUAAUAUUGUACCUACAGCAGAGUGCCAUUUGAGCGCGCUAAGUACGUUUUAUUUCUAGCGCUGGGAAAUUAAGGAGAAUCACGUGUGUUUCAAUAAAUAUAUCAUAUAAAUCCAUCCAGCCAGUAAUCAGGUAGCAUUGUAACUUUAUAUUGACGACUUUUGACUUUAUACAUACUCUAAUGCAUCAUCCACAUGUACGC